GUCUAAGAGGGCUGUAGUUUCAAUCUUACACUCUUGAUGAUGAGGGUACUCCAAGAUGCAGAUAAAUUGGAACCUUUUGACUACAUGUUUACUGCUCUCAGCCGUUGAAUGUGGUUCCCACUCUCUUGAGUUCUUGUCUACAGGACAUGUGCAGCCUGGAAGUCAGCCCUUUUUUGACCAACUAACUGUAUUUGAUAGAGUUCCCAUCUCUUACUGCGACACCCUGACCAAAAGAGAACAAGUCAAACCUAUCCUGGCAUCAACAAACUUCCCCAAAUACUGUGAUGACGCAAGUUAUGAUAUCUUAUAUCUCCACAACAUUCCACCAUUUAUCAACAGCACAGCGUAUGUAGUACAGCGGCGGCGUGGCUGCAUCCAGUCUGCUGAUGGGAUGGUGUCAGGUUUUGAAGUCUGGGCAGUGAAUGGAACGGACUUUAUAAGCUUUGACCCUGGAACUAAAAGAUGGACGUCCCAGUCUCCUUCUGCAAUAACAGUUCAACAUCAAUGGAACAAAAAGAAGCAUAUGAACUUUGGCUUUAGCCACUUCAUCAAAGAAGAAUGUCCAGAGAUGAUCCAGACGAUUCAAUUAAGAUCAAUACCACAAAAAACAGAGCUACGUAUAUUUGCCAAGUCCAUUGAAAACAAAGAUGAGGUUCUGUUGAGGUGCCACGUGACAAGUACUGACAGAUCACUGAGCUCACUGCAUCUCAUUGGAAAUGGGGCUUCCAGGGCCAGUUCGAUCACAGUCACGGGACCAGUGCCUUCUGGAGACGGAUCUGUGAUCCUCAGACUGACAGCUAGGAUCUCCCAGAGCCAAAACACCAACACGUAUGGCUGCACAAUACAAACAGGAGGUCAAAAGACCACUGUCUUUUGGGAUGGGAGUGCUCUUGAUGGCAGAUACCUUCUUCACCUGUCAAGUGCCCACUGGAAAAUUCUGACAGUCAUCCUUGGAUUCUUCUGCACUGUGUCUGCAAUCACUAUUCUGUCCUGUGCAACUAUAUUUCUCCUCAAAUGUGUGAAGAAGAAGUCCUCUCCUCCUUUGCAAGUUGAUCCACAGCUGAUGGAGCAGUUUAGCAGGAUGAUGGAGAGUGUUGCUUCUCCAGAUCUGCAGAGUGUUCUUAUUUCAUUUACGCGAGUUACAGAGAGAAACAGAGAGUUCCAGCAGCAGUGGGAGGUGAGCAUUAGGCUAAGGGAUCAAAAUGACUAUGAUCCAGAAUACUUUGGUCAUCAAGUUGGAGCACGUUAA